AAAGAAUCAUAAUAUGGAAUAUUUGAAUAUACAAUUACAAUUGACCUUUUUACUAAGGUAAAUGACAUAUAGGAGUAUAAAAGCACCCAGCUGUUUAUGUUUCCUGUUAUGUUCAUAUAUUAUUGACGAUACAUACAGUCAGCAGCAUAAACGAUCAUUGAACUCGGAUAAUCUGUAGUGUGGAUAUAAGGGAAAAUACUCCGGUUUAAACUAGGUUUAUAUUAACUGUCAGUAAUGGGAGUUUCUACUUACACUCGACCGAGUAUGUGAAGUAGAUUUCCUGACCAAAAGCGUCUACAAAUCAAUAUUCGUAGUUUGUGCAAAAAAUAAUGGAAGAAAAAGAAAAGAAAUAUAACGAGGACUUAGAUGAUGAGGAUCUAAUCCCGACACCCCCAGACGGCGGGUGGGGAUGGAUGGUAACAUUUGCAUCGCUUGUUUGUAACUUUAUUGUUGAUGGAAUUGGUUACGCCUUUGGUGUUCUACUGCCGAUAUUUGCAGAACAUUUUGAGGAAUCGAAAGGAAAAGUUUCUUUGGUUGGCUCUCUAUUGUUUGGUGUAUAUCUAUGUUCAGGUCCCAUAGCCAGUGGUCUUGUGAAUAAAUUUGGUUGUCGUCCGGUCACAAUUGCAGGAAGUAUAAUAGCCUCGGUUGGAUUUUUAUUAGGAUCCUUCGCUCCUAACCUUAACAUACUUAUAUUAACAUAUGGAGUUCUUGGAGGUCUUGGUUUUGGUUUGAUCUACUUGCCAUCUAUUGUAACAGUCGGUUUUUAUUUUGAGAAGAGACGAGCACUUGCUACGGGGAUCGCAAUGUGUGGUUCCGGAAUUGGGACAUUCGUAUUUUCACCGUUAAAUGACUAUUUGUUGGGACUGUAUGGUUGGAGAAACUUACUUUUUAUCCAAUCUGGAAUAAUUUUAAACGGUGUUGUGUGUGGAAUGUUAAUGCGGCCACUGAAAGUAAAACCCAGAAAGCGAAGUAAGAAAAACGCACUAAAUAAACAUUCAAAACAAAUGUCUGAGGAAAAUCGUCAAAGGACAGAAUCGGAUCCAGAUGUUUAUGAAAGAAAAAUAAUGACAGAUUUGCUAAGCAAAGACCCGUCUAUAAGGGAAAUUACUAACGGCAGAGGGUCUUUACCGGAAGUUCAUUUUGUAAGCACUAAAAGUAAUGAAAGCAAUUCAAAUAUGAAAGAGACAUACCAACCUUUGAUAAUAAAAGAAAUUAUUCCUAGGACAACUCGAAGUAGAGCUGAUUCGCAACCCUCAGUGAUGCAGCACAGAAUAGACUUUGCAAGACCAAUGUACAAAAAAGAUAUUUUCUACAGUGGAAGUAUAGAUAGAAUACCACAGUUUAGAUCUCAGCCUAAUGUUCAUAGUUAUGUAGCCAGUAUAACAUCUAUUCCGGGAAUAGACGAACCAGAGAGAUCCUCACUUUGGGACAAAUGUACAUGCUUGCCCAAAACUGUGACUGAUAUUCUCAAGGAAAUGUUAGACUUUUCAUUAAUGUUGAAAAUCUCGUUUUUCAUGUUGUUCAUAGGGAACGUUUUUGCGUGUACUGGAUAUUUCAUUCCAUUUAGCUACAUAGUGGACAGGGCUGUACAGAUGGGUAUUUCCAGUUCUAAUGCUGCUUUUCUGCUCUCAAUAAUGGGAAUCACCAACACCAUAGGAAGGGUCCUGUGUGGAUUUCUCGCUGAUCUCAGUUUUGUCAAUCCAUUAAUUCUGAACAAUGCAAUGCUAGUACUAAGCGGUGUCGUCUUGUUUAUGGAGCCACUUUGUACAACCUAUGCAAUGCUGGUUGGAUUUUCUGUCAUAUAUGGUUUAUGUAUAGCUGCAUAUAUUUCCCUGACUUCUCCUAUAAUAUGUGAUCUCCUUGGAAUUGGUAAACUAUCGAAUGCGUUUGGUCUACUUAUAUUAGCCAGAGGUGUGUCAGGCAUAUACGGUCCUCCUUUAGCAGGUGCAGUUUUCCAAGCAACCAGUAACUACGAUGCUUCAUUUUACCUUGGGGGAGGAAUGUACUUAUUGAGUGCAGUCUGUCACAUGGUGUUACAUUUUCCAUGCAUUAAAAAGGACGAACAAAGGAAAGAAUUGAACAUAGUAUUAGCAUAGAACAGAGGAAAAGUGAUAUUCUUUCUUUACACAAAGGAGAAUUUAGAUCUCUAGUCUAACAUCGUAAAUCAUAUGUGUUAGGUCACAUGAUGUGUUCAUAGAUUCACGUGACUAACAUACAUUUGCUCAAUAGCGAUCUUGUUAUCCUGCGAGAAAAAAAUCCGAGGUCAAAACGUAUAAGGCUUUAGCCAAUGAACAACGGACUACUAUAUAUUAUGUUUUUUGAUUUUCUAACUUUUUUACAGAAGAAUAAUAAAUUAUGCAUAAUUAUGAUAGAAUAUAAACAUAUUUGGUUUUU